GUUUGAGCAUACUGAAUUCAUCUCCACACCUAAAGUAAAACCCAGAAUUUACUUCUCAGUAUAGAAUUGCACAAUGUGUCUUUACACUUUUCUUCUCCACCUUGGUAUCUCUGUGGCUGUUGGGAUGGAGAGUGGUAUUACAGGAGGAAAAGAGGCUAAACCUCAUUCUAGGCCAUACAUGGCAUCUCUCCAGCGUAACGGACAUCACACAUGUGGAGGGAUGUUGAUUAGACAUGAUUAUGUACUGACAUCAGCACACUGUUUAAAUGAUUUCUCUAGUCGAAACCACUUAUUAGUUGUUCUGGGAGCACACAAUAUUAGCAAACAGGAGAACAGCCAGCAAAGAAUCCAAGUGGAAAAAUAUAUUCAACAUCCUAUGUACGACCAGAAUAACAAGAAAGACGAAAGCCACGAUAUCAUGUUACUAAAGCUGAAGACCAAAGCCAAGCUAAAUAAAUUUGUGAAAGUUAUGCCUCUUCCUAAGAAAAAUGGGAAAAUACCAGCCAAUGUGAAAUGCUCCAUUGCUGGCUGGGGUGUAAAAAACCCAAAAGAUCAUCGAGCAUCAAGUGUGCUGCGGGAAGUCACUCUCAAACUGCAGUUUAGCUUUGAAUGUAAAAACAAGUGGCAGGACUACUUCAGCUCUGAAAGAAUGAUCUGUAGUGUCUCUGAUGGGAAACACGCUUUUUGUCAGGGUGAUUCAGGAAGUCCUCUUAUCUGCAAUACUACACCGUUAGCAAUUGCUGCAUAUACAUUUUAUGAUGACUGUACAAGUAGAAAGUAUCCUGAGCUCUAUGUAAAAAUCUCCUACUUCCUUCCUUGGAUUAAAAAGAAGAUUGAUGAAAAUUCAAUAUAUGAUUGAACUAAUGAUAUUGAAGGUUCACAAGUAACCGAAAAGUAAUUUUAAUUUUAAGACAUAACCAUUUUUCUUUUACCUAAUAAAAAAAGUAUUACUUUUGACAAUAUGUUUAAGAUGACUCACAUGUGUUGAAGACUUUAGUCAUGUCAAUGUCUGAGAAAAAUCUUUUUUAUUCUAUGAAGGGGUGGUCCCCCAUUCACAGUUGCCACCAUGUUGAUAUCACAUGGCCCGCCAAAUACUACUCACUAAGUUGGUAAACCCCCUAUAAUAAGAAAGUAUUAAAAUGUGCUAUUCACUUUUUCAGAACACAUAAAUUUAUGUUUAGCCAAACUGAGAUUAUUAAUAAACUGGUGAUAGGA